CGUUGUUAUCGCGUUAACUUUAGUGUAUAGUAAUAAUAACCCUAGUAUACAUGUACAAAUGUAAAGCCUUAUUACACGUGUAGUAAUAUGUAUAUUAAUAGGUAACAGUUAUAUUUUCAACCCUGUUCUUCAAGUCAUAUAAUAUCAGAACUCCUGGGCAGCCAACAAAGCCAGGUCAGAGGUGACCUAUUAGCCAUGUUGUUUGUAAAUUUGAAUUUGUUCAAUAGAAAAGUAAAAAAAAAGUAAAAAAAAAAACCUACUAGGAUGCCCCCCCUACCCUCUCGUCUAAUGACGUCAGAUUCAUUCCCACAAUGCCUAGUAACACGCAUGCGUACUGUGUAAAAAAAAAAUAAAAAAAAAUAAGACAGCUAUCUGUGAUCAGAGAUGGCGGGCGCCUCCGACCCCCUGGAAGAUAUGCUCUUUUCAGAGGUGGAUGAGAAAGCUGUGAGCGACCUGGUGGGCUCGUUGGAGUCACAGCUUGCUGGCCAAAGCAACCCAGCGGGUAAAACAGACUCAAACGGAGGCGCUGGCUCAGUGGCCCCCGCUAACCAUCACUUAGGAAAACCGCUACCAGCAGCUCCAGCAGCUCCAGCAGUCACCACCACAACACUAGAACAACAACAACACCAAGGACGGCGGUAUAAACCCGAGAUGCGCCAGGACACCAACUCCAACCUGGAUACAACUGUCACGUCUCUGGGUUGUACCCCUUCUUCUUCUCUUGCAGAGCCCGCCAACACCACCUCUUCUUCGGCCACUAGCAGCAGCAGCGGGUCGCUAUCACAUGGAGCAUCCAUCACAACACUGACUGGUGUGUCAACUUUGGCGUCUACAACACCACUAGCCAGCAUCACCACCACCACAACCACCACCACCAGUAAGUCUAAGGUUAGCCCGACGUCUGUGGAAGUAACCCCUCCGAGAAAGCGGUUACCGACGCCGCGGAGGAGCGCCUCUGCUCGGAUAAAGAGUUUGAACGGCGCCGCUGUAACGACGCGGAGGACCAGUAACAGUAACAGCAACACAGCGGCGGUUGAGACCGUUGAAACCGUUGGAACCGUUGAAACCGUUAGCUCCGUGGAUACAACUACAACACCAAACUCCUCCUCUUCUACUGGACCGGUGAUAUCCUCCUCUGGUGGUGCUGUUAUUAACACUUCUACUUUCACUCUAUCAAACGCUAACCUCCCUGUAGGUCAGUCUGCUAUCCCUCUGGACCGGGGGACUCCCACCAUCGCUCUGCAUCGACUCCCGAGUCACAUCGUGGCGAGCAUAGCCCAGAACGGUAACGGGACUAGUGUGUCGGCUUUGGUCCAGCAGCAGCAGCAGCACCAGGGGGCUCCCAUUGGACCCAUCAACUCCUCAGCUCCACCACACUGCAAAGACACUGGGGCUUCCAAAACAGAGUCCAAAAUUGUAAUGUCAAGCCAGUCUGGUUGUGUCAACUCUGUAAUAAACACCUGUGUUGUCACACCAACAACAACAACAACAACAACUACAGCAGCAGCAACAACAGCAACAACAGUAACCCAGCCUGUGAGCUCUUCUGCUACAGCUGCUGCAAGUUGUGCAUGUGGAACUGUUCAAACCACAUCAGUGACUACCACUGUUAGCAUGGUCAGACCCACAACACCCUCCCAAACACCUGCCAUGGCCACAUCUGCACAGUCCCACAAUCCCCGUCCUGGACUUCCUGCAGCACCUCAGAGGAUCGUAGCCCCCCAGCAGCUGAUUGUCAGAGCACCUCAGCAGCAGACCACCAUUCAGCUGCCCCCUGGGUUUACCAUCCCACAGGGGAUGGUGUUGGUACGCACAGAGUUGGGCCAGCUAGUGAUGGUUCCUCAGCAGGCGUUGGCUCAAGCUCAGGCUCAAGCUCAAGCUCAGGCCCAGAACAACAUCUCUCCGCGACCUGCCACCCCCACAACAGGAGCAUCCUUCAGAGUGACAACUCCUCAGUCUCCUGUGACCUCUCAGACCACCAGACAGUGUCCUUUGACCCCGGCCAAGAUGGUACCGUCUCCCUCUCCCACUCCUUCCAGCCCUGCCCUCCAGACCUCCUCCUCUUCUUCCUCUUCUUCUUCCUCCUCCUCCUGUCCCGCACUCCGCCCAAAGGGCCCCGUGGCGCCGGCCGUGGCGGUGACGGCUCCGCAGCAGACCCCCGUGGUUAUGGCCCCGCAGGCCCCGGCCCAGGCUGCCUCCCAGCCAGCGCAGCCUCCGCAGACGGGCAUCACCGCGAACCCCGUGUCCCAGGAAAUGCAAGAGAACGUCAAGAAGUGUAAGAAUUUCCUGGCUACACUCAUCAAGCUGGCGUCUCACAACUCUCCGUCCCCUGAGACCUCCAAGAAUGUCAAGUCUCUGGUUCAGGACCUGCUGGAUGCCAAGAUCGAACCGGAGGAGUUCACCAGCCGGCUGCAGACUGAGCUCAAGUCGUCUCCGCAGCCUUACCUGGUGCCCUUUCUCAAGAAGAGCCUCCCGGCCCUGAGGCUGUCUUUGCUGAGUAGUCAGCAGUCCCUGACCCCGCCCCCGCAGCAGGGAGUCAAACCAGUACCCGGCGGCCCCCCUCCCGCCAUCACGGCUGGGCCAGCUGUCCGCAUACACCACCCUAACAGCGUCAGCGUCACUACGGGUGCCAGUGCGCUGCCCGCCGGGACGCACGGACAUGCAGCUGCAAUGGGCAUCAAGUCAGCGGGCGCCGUUGGUGGCCAGGUCCGGAUGCCUGUGGUGAUCGCACAGUCUGUCAGAUCGCAAGGCACAAUGGGGAAGGGAGGCUUCAUCCAAGCAGGCAAAAGUCCCGUGGGCCUCGCUGUUCAGAUCUCUGGGAAUCAGAAAAACAAGCUCAACGACCCCGGAGGAGGUUCUUUCAGGGAUGACGAUGACAUCAAUGACGUGGCCUCCAUGGCCGGGGUGAACCUGAACGAGGAGAGCGCAAGAAUACUCGCCACCAACUCUGAACUAGUGGGAACGCACAUCCGCUCAUGUAAAGACGAGGCCUUUCUCCAUCCGGGACUGCUCCAUCGACGGAUUCUGGAAACAGCUAAGAAGUUUGGAGUCACAGAGGUCCCUAUGGAGGCAGUGACAUUCAUCUCACACGCCACGCAGUCACGACUUCGAACUGUGGUAGAAAAGGUUUCUACCAUCGCACAGCACCGACUGGACUCCUGUAAGGAUGAUGAGUGCUACGAGCAGUCUGCAGACGUUCGCUCUCAGCUGCGCUUCUUCGAGCAGCUGGAAAGGAUGGAAAAGCAGAGGAAGGACGAGCAGGAGAGAGAGAUCCUGUUGAAAGCCGCUAAAAGUCGCUCCAGGCAAGAGGACCCAGAGCAAGCUCGACUGAAACAGAAAGCUAAGGAGAUGCAGCAACAGGAACUGGCACAGAUAAGGCAGCGAGAUGCCAACCUUACAGCACUAGCAGCCAUUGGACCCCGCAAAAAACGUAAAGUGGAUUCACCAGGGACAACCCCAUCAGGGACCGAGGUUUCAGGCAGCUCGACGGGCUCCCCGGCCAGCUCCUCCGCCCCGUCCACCUCAUCGCGCCAGUACACGCGGCAACGCAUCACUCGCGUCAACCUCAGGGACUUAAUUUUCUACAUGGAGCAGGAGAGAGAGACCGCCCACUCCCUCCUCCUUUACCGUGCCCUGCUCAAGUAGCCUCCGCUCCGCUCAGCGCCCGCCUCGACCUCCUCCUCCUUCCCAGCCACGUGCCUUCAGAUCAGGUCUAAUGUUUCAGCUCUGUGUCUCCAUUAUGUACUGUAGUGACGUUUUGAUGUAGCUUUUAAUAAGAAGAGAGAAAGAGAGAAGAGAGGAAAAACAAAACAAAAAUUAAACUGUUGUUCCGUGUCUUCUCCGUUUUAGAUUCACGGUGUGUAGUUAGAUCGUUGAGUUUAAAGGCCAUAUCAGAUUCUUUGUGUUGACGUUGAAUUUGUUAAAGGAACAAAGUGUAUUUUGUGACCCAGAACUGGUUCCAUGUAUGUCGGGUAACUAUUUAUUCGACGUCGUCGGCAGUAGCUUCAAUGAACCACCUCAGAGUAAGACAGUUAUGUUCGCACCUCGAUGCAGCCUACGAUAUUCUCCGCGAGCUAUUUGUUGAACACAGUUCAAUGAAUGUAGUUUAUUAGUUGAACUCAAUAAUAAAUGAGAGACUUUACUGAUUUCAAACAUUAGGAUUCCAAAUAACAGCAUCACGAUCAAUCUCCUUACUGUAUGUGUAAAUAGUUCGUAUUGAAUUAUUUUACAGCAUGUAUAUUUUUAUCACACGUAAGCUUUGUAGGAAAAGGAAAUAACCCGUGUGUCAAUAUAAUGAGACCUGAUGUUUUGUGAUUUGAAUGAGUCAGAAUUAGUUUAUUCUGUUCGCCUGUAGAGUAUUUGUAAUAAGACGGAGUCCCCAUGAGCUUUCUGCAAAGGUCGUUAAACUAAAUUAGAGUCGCACUAAGACGCCAGUUUCUGAUUGGUCACCCGUGUCAGUAUUUUUUAUUUUACCCACACAUAAUGUGAACAUUGUUUUUAUGACUUGAUGUUGUGUACUAUCAUGCUCACUUCUUCAAUAACUUACCUGUUAGGAAGGUAAGUUUUGGUUAAUAUUGUAGGCGGGGUGGUGACUGGGGAGAGUGAGACCUCGGAUCAAAACAGACAUUCCUUUAUCUUCUCCUCUCGCUGUCCCAUCUGCACAUUAAUGGCAAAAAAAUUACAUUUCAGCUACCCACCUACUUUGGUAAUGACUGAACGACAAAAGCACUUAUACCUGUUUGUAUUUUGAUCCCAAAUUCAAUAUCGCAGCUGUAAAGAUAAACUGUAGAAGGAAUCAGUUGAUUUCAACCUAAAAUUGAUUUCUACUUUUUCCCCAUUUUGUUUAUUUUACUGACUGAAUAUAGGAAUGGGACAAAACGCCUGCUUCUUACAUGUCGUAUUGCAUUGUCGCCUUGUUAUUUUAAUUUUUUUUUUUUUUACAAAUCCUUAUUGUAUAAUGUAAUAUUGUCCAUUAUGUAUUUUUUUCUAUUUAACUAAAUAUCUUGGCCUCUAUGCAGCUUUUCUUGUCAUAUUGAAAUUUAUUUAAAUAUUGGUGACAUUUGAAACAAUUGUUGUGCGUUGUACAUUUUGACAGAACUUUUUUUAUAUCUAUUUUACCUGACAACUGAAAGCUGUCACUGUAUUAUAGCAAAGAAAUGACUCUUUUAAGUAGUAAACAGUAUUGCCAACUUCUGUCAAAAGACAGUUAUUUUUUAACAAUUAAUAUAUUUUCUUUUCUUUUCUUUUCUUUUUAAUUGGCUUUUAAGCUUAAUACAUUUUCAUAAGUUUUAUCUCCAAAAUACCAUGUUUUAAAGACAAGCACAACAAUAGCUAUUGUGGUGAUUUCCGAUGAUUUUAUUAGUGAUUUCUAUGGUUUCUGGUGGGUUCACAGGAGGACAUUUCUACUACUACUUCAGCUUUUUAGCCAAAAUAAUAGGACAAUAUUACUGAUGUAAACAGAUGGGGGGAAAUAACAUUUCAAUGUAUGGAUGAUUUGUAAAUAUUGUUUACAAAACUAUGUGUUUAUUAGAACCACGUUAUUUUUGGUAAACUCUUGUACAUAUCUUGAAAAUUUCCUGUUUGUGUGAAAAAACAAUACUUAUGUAUUUGUACCUAUUUUGUAAAGGAAUAAAUACGCUGUUUACUAAACUGAGCAGAUGCUGA